ACCUAAAUGAUGACAUGCCACUUUUCAAAAUAAUUAUAAGUAAACAAAUGUCCAUCACAUAUUUCUGUGCUAUCCGUUCUGCAAUUAUAUUUUAUAAGACACACAACUUGUUGAUCACAAUGUUUUUUAUAAUUCUGGGUUAUGUUGCGAUAUUUUCUCUAGUGUAAUGUUUAAGUUCUAUUUAAAUAAAUUAUUAUCCAGUCUAAAUCUAGUAUACUUUUUGGCUUUAGCAAUGACCUGCGUAAUGAAUUUAAAAAAUGCAUCUGCCACCGUUUGUUCGUUGUCGGAAUGUAAAAAUCCAGUAAAGACAGAGGUAUUAGCUAUGUUCUCUCGAUCUGUUGCCAUCGCAUGCUUCAUAUGCAGAAUAACGAUUAUGUACAAAAGUAAGAGCGAUUUUCCUAAUUACGUGAAAAAAGUCGAAGACUAUGAAUUAAACUUUCCGGUAAAAAUCUCCCAAAAAAGACACAUUCGAUUCAUUGCUAUGGCUAUAAUAUCUUUGUACAUCGUCAUCAUAUUGCCCAUAAAUGUAAUGAGAAUUUAUUUAAUUUACACUAACAUUGGGAAGAUAAACACGAUGAUUUUUUAUACAAUGAUGUACGUACACAAUUGGAGCAUUUGCUCCACAGAAAUACAUUUUAUCGUACGUUGUGUCGGUCUGUACCAAAAAUUCCAAUCUAUCAACGAAGAAAUGUCUACGCUGAGAUUAAAAACCAUAGCCGGAAACAAAUUCCCGGUCGUCGGACAAAGCGAAAGACACGAUCACGAUAACACAUUACUUAUCGGUUUGGAAACCCCCGGCGGCGGUUCGCCACUUUCGGUAUCCUCCAACGAGCAUCAACCAGCCGACCACGUUGAGCUACUCAGGAUGAAGCAUCAGUUUGUCCGAGGUACUGUCGUAGAACUCAACGAUUUGUACGGUAUACAGUUGGGAUUGUCGAUAUGUCUAUUGUUUAUGAUGACAUUAGUCGACAUUUACGGCGAAGUGUCCGUCGAGUCCAACGUAACCAAAACUCACGUUCUAUUCUACGGAUGGCUGCUACAAUACUCGUUCAGAUUUUGUGUGAUCGUACUGACGUCGCACAUUACCACAACACAGGCACACCAACCAAAAAUGAUAAUAACUGAUAUAAAUAACCGUUACGCAGAUAACAGUACAAAAAAAGAGUUAGAACUAUUCUUGUGUCAAUUGUCUAGUCGUCCAGUAGAAUUCACUAUCUGUGAUUUGUUCACACUGAACAUUCGCCUCAUCACUUCUGCUUACAAUACAAAAAUGCUUUUAGCUGAUAUAAAUAAUCGAUAUUUAGAUAAAACCACAAAGGAAGAGUUAUACUUAUUUUUUGAUCAAAUAUAUCAAGGUUCAUUGGAAUUUACUUCGUGCAAUUUUUUCACAUUACACCCUCAUCUUAUAACUACUGCUUUGGCUACGGGAACAACAUGUCUUGUCAUAUUAUUACGAAUCAAUUAAACAAAAUAAAUUGAAAAUAACCAACAUCAGUUACUUUGUAUCUACAAAACAAUUAUCUAGCAGUAAGCCGAUGGAAUGCAAAGAACUAAUACAAAUACUAAAAUACAAUAUUUCAACAUAAAAUUGUUUUAUAUACCUAUUUAUUUAAAAUUGAUCCAAUGUACUGUAUUAACAUUUACUACAUUCGAGUAAAAUCAUUACAAACGAUAUUCAAUAAAGUUCAUUAUUGUAUAACUAUUAACUGCAAUCCGUGAAUAGCUUUUAAACCCUGUACAAUUAAUUAUUCAUAUUGAAACAUUUAUGGUUGGUUGCAUUUUAUUUUUAGUGGUAUUUUAUAAACUAUAAGAGUAAAAAUUAACAUCUGAAUUAUGAUGUUGGACAUAAAUUAAUGAGUCAUCGGUAUAGGUUACCGUGUAAGAAUAGGAACUUCGGUUCAGGGGUAUGAGGUCAAAUACUGAGUAUAAAAUGAAACUAUCUUUUUCCCCAGGAUAAUCAUAAUUCGCACGUCAUUGUCUAAAUAUAACGUAGGUACACUACAAAAAUUAUUUAAAAAAAAAAAAUUAUUAUUAUUGUUAUUAUUAUUAUGUAAUUAUUAUUUUUGUA